GAGGAACCUUCUGCGGCUGCGGGGCUGCCAGCCAGGGCUGGGCCUUCCUCCAGAUCCCACCUUCCUCCUCCUCGCCUGCUGCGGACAGAACCGGCCCCUCAGAGCAGAGGCUCGGCGGUGGCUGAGGACACCAGCGCGGUCCCGCGGGACACCAGAGCACCCGUUGUCAGGCCAUGGCAGCCCAGCCUGUCGGGGGCCAGAAGCCCUUCCACGUCGUUUCGCCCGUCCUGGAGAGCCUGCCCCUCUCCAAGGCCGUGGGCGCCAAGGUCUUCAUGAAGCUGGAGAACGUCCAGCCCUCGGGAUCCUUCAAGAUCCGGGGCAUCGGGCACCGGUGCCAGGAUGCUGCCAGGAAGGGCUGCCAGCACUUCGUCUGCUCCUCAGGAGGAAACGCGGGGCUGGCAGCGGCAUACGCGGCCCGGGAGCUGGGGCUGCCCAUCACCGUGGUGGUCCCCAGCAGCAGCGGCCCCACCCCCGUGCGCAAACUGCAGGAACUGGGGGCCACCGUCGAGGUCUAUGGCAAGGUGUGGGAUGAUGCCAACAGUAGAGCCCAGGAGCUGGCCAAGACAGAGGGCUGGGUCAGCAUCCACCCCUUCGAUCACCCCUUGGUGUGGGAGGGUCACUCCAGCCUGGUCCGGGAGCUGAAGGACUCUCUGGAGGCCAAACCAGGAGCCAUCGUGGUGGCGGUGGGUGGCGGGGGGCUGCUGGCCGGUGUCGUGGCCGGCCUGCACCAGGUGGGCUGGCAGGAUGUCCCCAUCGUGGCGGCCGAGACCCAGGGGGCUCACAGCUUCCACGAGUCGCUCCAAGCCGGCCGGCUCGUCACCCUGCCCGACAUCACCAGCGUGGCCACGUGCCUGGGAGCCAAGACGGUGUCGGCGCGGGCGCUGGAGUGUGCCCGGGAGUGCCGGGUCAUCUCGCAGGUGGUGGAGGACGCCGAGGCGGUGCGGGCUGUGGAGCAGUUCCUGGAUGACGAGCGGAUGCUGGUGGAGCCGGCGUGCGGGGCCCCCCUGGCCGUGCUCUACUCGGGGCGGCUGCAGCGGCUGCAGCGGGAGGGGCGGCUGCCGACCCCGCUGGGCUCCGUGGCGCUGGUGGUGUGCGGCGGCAGCAACAUCCACACGGCCCAGCUGCGGGCCCUGAAGAGCCAGCUGGGGCUGGAGUGACACCCGGCCCGGGCAGGGGGUGUGACAGAGCCCGGCUGGAGCGCUCUGCUCGCUUUCCUUCCGAAAUAACCGAAAUAAAGCCUGGUGAAGCGGGACCCGCAGCCUUCUCCAGCACACAGCGCCCACGCAGGGAUGGGGAAACUGAGGCACGGGGGAAGAUGGAGCCAGGGUGGUGCCUGGGCUGAGGCCUGGGCUCCGCACAUCCCACUUUUCCCCUGGGACGUGCCGGGCAUCCUCCCUACAACCCUCCGCCCCCCUGCUCCCUCCCCCUGCUCCUCCCCAGGCCGUUCGGGCUGCAGCUCCGCACCACAAUUAGCA